CCAAAAGACCAAAACCCAAGUUUCUCCGCUCCCACCGCCGCCGAAAGUCUCUUCCUUUCCUCUUCUUUCUUUGCGGCCAGAUAAACUCUGCUCCAAAAUCGCCCCUUGGCUGCUCUCUGAAAAACAGUAGAAGCCAGGUGGGAUAUAAAGUAAGAAGCUUUUUGUUAUUUUCAGUCGGAACUCGCAAUUGGGCUGGGUCGAUUCGAUCGCGACACACUUCCGUUUGCCCUUAUUAAGGUUUCAGUUCUCCGUGUUUACUCUAUUUUCAGAUAUCCCUAUCUUUAAUCUUUGCCUCUGGCAGGGGAAUGGCGGCUUCUCUGCAAAUAAAUUGCAAGCCAGCGAGCACAGCGUUCCGGGUUAAUCCUGCUUCCAAAUGCUCCCGGAGACUGUUCAGUGUAAGCUGCGCGGCGGCGAAUGCGCCACAGAAACGGUAUUCGAUUACUCUCCUUCCUGGAGAUGGCAUUGGCCCUGAAGUCAUCUCUGUAGCCAAGGACGUUCUCAAGCUUACUGGUUCUCUGGAAGGGAUUGAGUUUAACUUCCAAGAGAUGCCUAUGGGUGGAUCUGCAUUGGACUUGGUGGGAGUUCCAUUGCCAGACGAAACCUUAGCAGCCGCUAAACAUUCUGAUGCAGUUCUUCUUGGAGCUAUUGGGGGGUACAAAUGGGACAAUAAUGCCAAACAUUUGAAGCCCGAGACUGGAUUGCUCCAGAUUAGAGAAGGUCUCAAGGUUUUUGCAAAUUUGAGACCAGCUACUGUCCUCCCACAGUUAGUGGAGGCUUCAACUUUGAAGAGAGAAGUUGCUGAAGGUGUUGAUGUUAUGGUUGUAAGGGAGCUUACUGGAGGUAUUUACUUUGGCCAGCCACGGGGCUUUAGAAUAGAUGAAAAUGGUGAUGAAGUCGGUUACAAUACCGAGGUUUAUGCUGCAUAUGAGAUUGACCGGAUUGCUCGUGUUGCAUUUGAGACUGCAAGGAAGCGGCAGGGAAGGCUUUGUUCUGUCGAUAAAGCAAACGUCUUGGAGGCAUCAAUGCUGUGGAGAAGGCGAGUAACUGCAAUUGCAGAAGAGUAUCCCGACGUUGAACUCUCACAUAUGUACGUUGACAAUGCAGCUAUGCAGCUUGUACGGAACCCAAAACAGUUUGAUACAAUAGUGACGAACAACAUCUUUGGUGAUAUACUUUCUGAUGAGGCCUCGAUGAUCACUGGUAGCAUAGGGAUGCUUCCAUCAGCUAGCCUUGGAUCUUCGGGUCCUGGACUUUUCGAGCCAAUUCAUGGUUCUGCUCCUGACAUUGCUGGACAGGAUAAAGCAAAUCCACUGGCGACUAUUCUCAGUGCAGCAAUGCUUUUGAAGUACGGCUUAGAGGAAGAAGAUGCUGCAAGGUGGAUCGAGAAUGCUGUACUUGAUACACUAAACAAGGGUUUCAGGACGGGAGAUAUAUAUUCAACCGGCACUAAACUGGUCGGCUGCAAGGAAAUGGGAGAGGCAGUGUUGAGAUCAGUUGAGUCUCAGGUUCAUACUACUGUUUGAUCUGGAGAAAUGUAGGUCUUUUUUGUACGAACAGGAAAAACACAGUUCUGAGUUUGUAUUUGUUUCCACCUUUUUGAAGUUACCGUUGGUGCUUACUGAGGGAAUAGUUAGAGACUUCUCUUUGUACCCCUCCUUUCUAUUUGGUUGAGAUGUAUCUCCUUAUUUUUGGAAGUAAUCAGCAAAACAUUUCUCUCCAUUGUGGAUAUGGGAUACUUAGAAGAACUAGUCCAGUUUCUUAGGAUGAGCAUGCGAAAUAUGAGAACAAAACUAAAGUGCUCAU